AAAUUUACAACCCCUGAAAAAUACCAAACCAAAGCCAAGCCAAACAUGGUAUAAAAAUAAAUACUCGUUGUAAGGUAAAACGGUCUAAAGACUGAAAAUAUCUGUGUUUUGAGUGAUUUGGCAGUUCAACGCCUUUUUUAAAACAGGCAUCGCUUCGGCUUCUAAACGUCAGACAGCAGCUGAGUUUUCCUUUGCGGCGCUCACACAUGGCUCUAAUUUUUAACAUGACUAGUAUCGUGUGUGUUACGGCAUUUAAUGAAUAUUUAUCUAUUGACUUUGGUGUGAUACGUCCGUUGCUGCUUUUUCAAUCCUGUUAACGCCUCGUACUGACAAACUAAACGAAUAUACCGGGAAACAUGCAACACUCCACCGCCCGUUAUUUAAUAUUUUUCCAAUACGCAGGGACCAAAUACAGUGGCGUGAUGAAAACACCAGCCGAUCAAGCUGUAGAGGGGGUUGAGAAUCAUUUAGAGAGUGCGGUGCGAAAGCUAAAGCCGGUCAAUGAGGUGUCAGUGUCCAUCUCCAGUAGAACAGACACUGGUGUGCACGCCUUGUGUAACUCUGCACAUGUGGAUAUCCAGCGGAGAGCAGACAAACCACCACUGCUGGAGCAAACCCUGGUGGAUGCCUUAAACUUCCACUUGAAAGCAGAACCUAUAAGAAUAACCAGGGCUUACCGUGUCCAAAGCGACUUCCACGCACGCUAUCAGGCCAUAUCACGGACAUAUGUGUACCGCUUUGCUUUGGGUCUCAGACAUCACACAGAAAUGCCAGUAACGGAGAGGGAUCUAUGCUGGGCAUUACGAGACACGAGGCUAAAUAUCGAUGCAAUGCAAGAGGCUUCUGCACUGCUGAUAGGAACCCAUGACUUCAGCACCUUCCGUGCCUUGAACUCAGAGACCCCCUUUAAGAACCCAGUGAAGACCCUAGAGUCGGCCCGGCUGGAGCCUGGGGUCUCGUUCAGUCAGAGACACUUUCACAGAGAUAUUCAGUUCUGGGAGCUCACUUUUAAAAGUAGGUCUUUUUUAUACAGACAAGUGCGGAGGAUGACUGGGGCGCUGGUUGCUGUUGGUCAGGGUAGACUGUCUGUUAGUCAGAUUCAGGAGCUUCUAAAGGCACGUGAUUCAUUGGCAUUCCCAAAUAACCUGACCGCCCCAGCCCACGGCCUGUUUCUGACCAAUGUACAGUACAGAGAAACGGGUAAGAACUGGCAUUAUACAUAUAUAAUGUUUGGACAACCACACUACUCAUUCUUUAUGUAGUAUGUAUAUAUGUAAAUUGAGCAAAGUAUGCAAAUUUUAGACUACCUGGAACUAUUCAACCAGAACACACUGCACAGAUUGCUCUCAAAUUGACCUGAAUAGAGUGCAACAGUCAGGUUCUGGAAAGCUCCAUUAAUUUUCUCCAUAGGGAAAUUAAUUUUAAAGAUUAUUUAAAGAUAACUUGUACAUUUUUUUUUUUUUUUUUUUACUUGUAACUUGUUGUUCAAUGGUAUUUACUUCUGUUGAAGCCAUCAACCAGCAAUAUUUUAACUUAUUUUUAAAAUAAUCAUGUUUAACAUUGGAAUUUGUGGUGAAAAACUACAUUAUUCAUCAGAAAAUCAGAGAGUUAAGACAAGUAAAUUGUGCAAAAAGAGCUCUUUAGCUCCACCCACUCCCAUGAAGCACUGCGAAUUACAUAAUCAAGUCAAUACACUCUCAAAAUACUUAAAUAUUUGUAAAUAUAUUCACAUUUUGCAGUAAACUUAAAAUAUAUUGUUUAUAUAGAUAUAAUCAACAACUUUAAAUGAAUAGUUUUAUUUUUCUUCAUCUUUUUGUCAGAUUUUCAAAUACUUUGUAAUGUUAUGAUUCACCUCGUAGAUGAUUGGCUUGUUUCACUGCUUAUUAACAAAGUUUUUUUUUAAAUCCCUAUGGGAAAAAUACUUCUGGAACCAAGGGUGUUGAAAAGGUCAGCGGGCACUAAUACACUCUAUUAAUCUAAUUUGUUUGAUUUUCAUUAUCUUUUGUGACUCAUGAUUUGAUCAAACUGAUGAAAGUUAAGACAUUUUUACACAAAAUUAAAUUAAAAAUGUGCAAUAAUGUUUUUAUUUUAUUCUGAGAAGAUAUGUGGACUGCACUCUCUAAAUUAAACAUGCAACAUGUCAUGUGACCAGUGUAGCAUACUGCUGUUUGAAAUGUAUAUUGUUGCAUACUAUAUUUAGUACUAUUUUUAAACAGUGUAUAGUGUGCAGUAUGCAGCACACACACAUUCUGACAGUAUUCAUUUCCUCCACAUGAUCCUGUAUUGUACAGUGGGGAAUAUGUUGUCCUGCUAAGGGACAGUAAAGUACAUCAGUAUUAAAUGUGUGUAUACUUUUUUUCUUACAGAUCUCGGCUGGCUGAACAGUAAUAUAAUUAUUUAAAUUAUUAAAAAAUAAAUAAAAGUAUUAAAGUAU